UUCCAGCUUCAUUCGUCGUAAUACAUGUAAUAACCGAACAGAGAGAGGAAAAAGGCAAAGCGAAAGAAAUCCAUCCCAUCGAGCCCCAAAUGGCCAAAUCCUUCUGCUCCUCCAAAGCAUAGUUCGGUAACCGAACCGCUUGCUUCGCAGCAGGAUCGAGCGGAAGGCGGGCAUCCAGGCGGCAGGCGCACAGACGCAGGGGUGAGGGCACGGGCGGCGUCGCCUGGACGGACGCCGUGGAUCUCGUCGACGACGUUGGACGGGGAAGCUUUCUGCCUGGACGGACGCCGUGGAUCUCCGCGACGACGUUGCGUGGUGAAGCUUCGCGGGUGGCAAAUUGUUGUGCUGUUACUAAUGUAAUCCAUCCAGGACCCAAAGGUACAGCAGCGAUGGCCAUUGAGCUGUGCAGGAUCUGGUGGCCGCGCCAGCAGCUGCAGCUCGAGCAGGAGUUCGCCUCGGCGAGGCUCGUCUUGUUCGGAUGGCUCUUCACCGGCGCCGGCUCCCUUGACAUUGUCGUCUCCGUGGCCAUCCCCCAGGAUCAGAUCCUGCGGUCCUUUGCCACGCUCGAGACCCUCCAGGCCGUCGUCCUUUCCUCAAAUAAAAGGAUGCCACUAAGCCUGCAAGAAUCUGCGACAUUUACCAUUCUUGGGGAUUGUGGUCUACAUCUCCAAGGAGAGUUGGAAGAAGACUGCUGUAUCAAACGAGAACAACUGCCUUUGGAUGCACAAUUUGUUCAGAGACUGGACUUUGGCACAAGCAAAAACAAUGUUGUGAGUCGAUCAGUUGGGAAUGGGAACCAGUGUCCAAGUGACAAUCAUAGAAUAUGGGGAUGUGGUUGUAGUGUGUUAGAUGGUUUUUUGGAUAAUUGCAGAAAGUCUGCAGGUAAAGAGGGUAACUGGGUGCACUUGUUUUGCAAAUCUGGAAAGAGCUGUAAGAGCAACCUGAGUCAAGUUCCAGUGCUUCGCCAUUUGUAUCUUGAUGGCCAGCAGAUUGAAAUAAAUCAUUGCCACGCCAUACUAUAUGAUGUUCCAACUAUUGGCAAAAACCAUUUUUCUCUGGAUGUGGAUGCACCUCUUAAGUUGAAGGCUUCCUUCAAAAAACCAACUUGGAUAAAUGAUCUACAUAAGAAACCAUCAGUUCUUGAUUUGGAUCCAAUUGUUUUGGCGCUUAAUUGUUCAAAUGCGGCCAGACUGCCAGUCACUCAGGAAUAUGAUACCAGCAGCUCUGGGGCUCAUUUCUUCUUUGCAUCUGUAUUUGAAGCCUUAGUUCAAGUGGCAUGGCACUGCAUAGGGAUAUUUUUGGCUUCUGCAUCAACUGUUCUGUACACCAUGAUUCUACUGUUCCAAAAUUGUUUAAGCCAUAUGUCCCAGUAUUUGAUGCUACAGAAGGUUUUCAGACAUUCAUGGAAUAACAUUCAUCUUCGUAGUUGUCAAAUUCUUUACUGGCCAAUUGUCCUCCAAGAUACCUCCAUAAGCUCCAUUGCGAAUGUCGAAUAUGCACACAAAGCUGCAAUUCGGAAGCAUGCUUUGUGGUCAAAUAUUGCUGUGGAUCUCCUGAUGGGCAUUGUCCUUGGGGCAGCAUUGUUGUUAAAUUCAGAGGCUAUUUGUGCUUGGACUAUUGCUCUCACCCACAGCAUGACAGAUGCUAUCUUGCGAUCUGGUUGUGUGUGGCUGAUGGGUGUUCCAGCUGGCUUUAAGCUGAAUACAGAGUUAGCAGAGCUUCUAGGCAUGAUUUCUCUUAAUGCAGUUCAAAUUUACUCUACCCUUUGGUUCUUCGCGGGAGGCUUUCUGAGGCAUAUAAUUCAGGGCAUUGCAUUUUCUGGAAUUAUUUUAGGUUUGUCAGUUCCAGUUUCAUUCUUGAUCGACAUUGUCCAGCUUGCUACGUUGCAUGUUACCAUGCUUCACUGGUUAAUCUCAUUGAUAUAUUCAAGGCAGAUUCAGACAGUUGCGUCGUUGUGGCGUCUUUUCAGAGGGCGCAAAUGGAAUCCUCUUAGGAAGAGGUUAGAUAGCUAUGACUACACAGUUGAACAGCAUGUGGUUGGUUCCCUGCUGUUUACACCAGUCCUACUUCUUAUACCUACAACUUCUGUAUUCUAUAUAUUCUUCUCUAUCUUGACAACAACUGUUAUCUGCGUGUGUGUGAUGCUGGAAAUUGCUAUCUCUGUAAUCCACUCCACUCCUUACGCUGAGUUAAUUCUAUGGGUGACAAGGAGGCAAAGAUUUCCUGCUGGAUUAUUUUUCCUUCAUGUGCCAUCAUCAUGUGGACGUACUUAUGAAGAUGAUGACUUAUCAGCCCAUCCAAUCAGAGGUUCCAAUGAAAGGAAAACAGAGCAUCUUAUCCAUGGUCAACCAGAAUCAUUAGUUUCAGAACUUCAUUGCAACUAUGCCACUCUUGUCCAAGUAAUCAGAUCAAAUUACGAACAGAUUUUCAACGGGACUGGUUUCUCCUUCUGCAAACAGUUGGCAUAUGGUAUCCUUAGUGGUGAAAGGGUGCCUUCAUCGCUACAGCUGCAGUCGUCGUCUCCGUUUCCCUGGAUGAAAAUUGGCAUUACAGAAUACUGGAUGCGCUGCCACGGUUCUGUCCUUUCAUGUGCACCGAAGAGGUGAUGGAAUCAAAGUUUUGCUUUAGUUGUCUGACCCAAUAACAAAUUUCGCUUUAAUUGUGUAACUCAGUAACACGAUUAAGAUCCUGUACCUAGAUCUAUUGGGAUACAUGACCAAGUUUUGUUCAUCUUUUACGCAACAUGUUUAUGGCCAAAAAAUUAUACCAUUUUCACAGAAUGUCACCAAUUUUUUUUA